GAAUUAGAAGCAUAGAGACCUGCAGCACAAUACAGGCCCUUUGGCCCACGAUGCUGGACUUAACAACCUGUUUACAUACUGAAUGAUGCGCUUUCUAUGACCAUGGAGGCCGUUAGGCCGAGGGUGCCAGAGUGGCUUUUUCCUCUACUCAGUUCUACCACCUUUUCUCUCCACAGGAGGAUGGGAAGGUUCUGCAACGUUCAAGCUUACCUUCACAAGUGGAGGAGCCAUCGAGUUUGGACAGCUGAUGUUUCGGGCAGCACAGCAGGCUUCCAGGGGCACAGUUCCACCAAUCGUAAACUACUACAACUUAAUGCCAAAUAGUGUAGGUGGAGGGGCGCUACCCCUGUACCCCCCAGCACCAUCUGCAGUCUUUGCUUACCCACCUCCACUUCCAGUGGGUAUUUACCCAGCACCACCACCACUCACAGAAGGUACAAUGGACUACAUGCUCCCUCCCCCUUACCCAGGACCAGUAAGUUCUCCAGCAGCAGAAGGUGAUGGAGGUGUGAACAGGGGGCAGCCAAACCCUCCCACUACACCAGUGCCUAUGGAGCAGCCCCCCCCAUACUCGCAACAUGCUGAGAGGCAGUGACAGCAGGUUAACAAGCCAGGAACUGUACAUCAUGCCCUUCCACAAUGCUCUCAACCCAUACCAGUAGUUGUGUAACCUCAUUUCCCAGAUCACAAAGGAGUGACUAUUCAGCCCGUUGAAUCUGCUUGUACUCUGACCCAGAGUAAUCUAGAUCUCCCUGUCUGCAGGGCCAUGUGAAUUAUUCACUCUGGUCCAGAGUAAUCUAGCUUCUUCCUGUCCGCAAGCUUAUUUACAGUUCUCAUCCAGCUAUCGUUAGAAUGUUGUGGUUGAGUGUGCCUCCCCUGGCCAGUGCAUUCACAGUGUAAGUAAGCCUUUAAAUGUUAGUUCUUUUGGCAGUCAUCUUCAUUCUGCACCCUACUUCUUGACCCCAGUUUUCUUUCCUUAGUAUUUGUGCACCCUUCAUAAUUUCAAAUGCUUCUUCAUCAGUUUUCAUUGAUCCGAGAAGACAGGGAGACUAGUACAGCUUAUUCGACAUUAUCUCUGCACUGCUUCAUCUCCGAUGGACUUUGCAAAACAGCAGGCAAGGCCACCCAUCCCCCAAAGAACCUGCUCACAUGGGUCUGCUGGCAACAAGUAACUUCUGUCUGUAAGUGAAGCAGAACUACUACAGGUGCAGCAAGCUCAGGAGUGUGGAAACAAGCAAAGGGUCAAGUCUGAAUUGAACGUUCCUGUCUCUGUGAGAGCCAGCAUUGAAAUCGCCAUGGUUUCUCUAUGCUAUGCAAAUCUCUGCAUCAGGAGCUGCACUCAAAUAAAGAUAUAGCAAAUAAGCAACUUAAUAAUUAUGGGCUAAUAUUCCUAAAGCCUAAUUUCAGAUUUGCUUAGAGUCUUCAAGAAUCUUUUACCCUGUUCUUAUGGAUAACUCCAGGUUACCUAUCAUCCGUCCAACCCUCAAGCCCGUUCACCACAGUGCAGGGAGAGCUUGCAUUCUAGUUGGCCUUGCAAAAUUAUCCCAAAGUGCUAUACAAUAGUAAUAAUGUAAUAAUAGAGGAAAUCCUGCAGCAAGUUUGUGCCUAACGAGCUCUCGAAAAGGGAAGAGACACAAGUUAUAAAGAUCAUAGUUAAUAGAUAAAUGACACUUGGUUACUGGAAGCCCCUGCUCUUGUCAACAGCACCAUCUGAUGCUUGACAUCUGUCUGGUAGUGUAGAUGGUAACUCGGUGAUGUGUCCCUUUAGACGUGAGUACAGUGGGCUAGUUAGUGGCAUGCUCCAAGCGGAGUGGGUUGGUCAGGGCAGUCCCAUUGUGGGGUAACACAGUUCCAUGACAGCAAGGGUUGCUGAAAGUGUGCCUCUGGAUUCUGCAGCAGUGCAAUGUGAAUGAUGAAUCUUCACAUGCCACCUUUUGUUGGUUGGAGCUGCAGAAAUACAGGUAUAUUAUAAUUGGCCUUUCAGUCAAAAGAUGAGUGGGCUUCUUGGUCUAAUGUGUCAGAGCACAUGGCAAAUGAAAGGACGUCCUGCUAUAUAGAUCCUAAUUAUUCGGUGAGGAAGUUUUCCAAAAUGGGACCAGAUGAGCACCAGUUAUAUUAGAGGGACUGGAUAAAUUGGGAAUAUUCUUCAGGAUCAAGAGGUGGAGAUAUAAUGAAGAUGAUUAGAUAGGGUCAAUAGGGAGUCACUGUUUCCUGUGUCAGGAUGGUUAGUUGCCACAAAUUUCAGGCAAAAACUAAAGGAAGAAGAACAGAUUUUCAGAUAACCUGCAAGUAUGGAGGAGCAGAAAUAAAUUUCAAAAGUGAAUUGGCGUGAAGGCGGAAGAAACCCAAACUGUGGGAAAGCGCAAGUGGAAAUAAAUGUGAAGUACUUUCAGAUGGUUGAAAAUUCUCCAUGAGUGAUUCAAUCCUUGGUCCACCCAUGCUAAGAGAUCAGACAGCGUGACUGUACUCUGCUGGGCUCAGUCAUUCAGUGAGGAAUGAGUUCUGGACAUUGAAUAUAUUUCAUCAGUGCGAUUCGUCCAUUUCUUCUGGCAGCUGACCAUGGAAACUGGCACUGCUCCCCUUUCAGAAAUCAGAAUAAAAUGAACACUAAU